UUAAGUGCCACUAAGUUUGUGAUUACGCUGUGAUAAUGACUCAAGGAAUUAAGUCAUCAUUCGCUUGCCCUUAUCCCAUUCAUUUGGGGUCGGCGCAGCAUAUCUUUUUCUUCCAUAUCUUUCUGUCACCCGUCAUCUCAUUAACACUAAUAUUAUUAGUACAUUAUUGUGCUCCAGUUUUAUACAUUAAUAGUACAUUAUUGCAGAGGCCGGGAAAGGGCAAUUCGUGGAUGAGUAUCGAUUUUGUCGGACGACGCGAAGCGGAGUUCGACAAAGAAGACGAAUCCACGAAUUGCUGUUCCUGCCGAGGCAUAUAUAGUGCUUUUCUCCAAAGAUGCGAAGAAAUCAGAUAAAACAUAGAUUUCAAUGACCUCAACUAAAAAACUUCAAUAUCAUCGGUAAUGAAGUUUGAUAGAGAUCCCCAAAACAAUGGAUCUCUUACUCGGAACAGACCAGAAAAGGCUUAGCCGAUCAGAAUGGAGGUUCGCGGAGAGAGGCCUUUUAGUCGUAACUUAUAUAUUCCUGCUUAUACUACAAAACAAUUGUCAGACAGUUCUUAGUAAUGAAACAAGUCAAAUAGAAAACUUAACCAAAAGAAUAGAAAGUCUAGAUAAUAAAGUAGAAUCUAAACAAUGCCAUAGUUGUCAAAGUAGUAAUAAAUUUGAAAAUAAAAAUUUAGAGUCAAAUGAAGAGUCAGAGAAUUUUAUUGACAAUAUGAUAGAGACUGUUGGAGAGUUCACAGAAAAGUUACUGCUUGUGAAUAGAACUGAAAAGCAAUUAGAGAAUGAAUUAGAAAGGAUAGUAGAUGAUGCCUUGAGCAUGGAUAGAUUUGUAAUAAUAGAUGGAGUGGAAAUCAAAUCUGUCAAGAAAAGAGAUUCAAGAAAGUUGGAAGACGAAGCUGAGUCGAGAGCGCUCUUCAGUACAUAUACGUAUGAGUAUAGAUUACUGCAAAAGAUAAAGAAUUUUGUAGAAACUCAUAUUAUUUCAAUAAAUCUACCAAAAGCUGCCAGAUUCAUCACGUUCCGAUCCUUUGGCCUGAAGAAGUUGUUCGUGCCCCUGCUCUUCGGCGCGCAGCUGUUCAAGGGAAUGCUGCUGGCCAUGUUUCUACCCAGCAUACUAGGGAGCUUCGGGAAGAUACUUGGAAAAGGAAUCUCCCAACUCUCUGCAUCCUCCAGCCAAGCGUCCAACCCCCCAGCGGUCGACGACCAGACAUCGUACAGCAACGAUCAGAAGGACUUCAUGGCUUAUGAGACAGAUCCGACCGGCGCAUACGCUUACCCGCAGGACGGCAUGUAUGUCAACAUAGAUCCGGCUGAUGUCAACGAUUUGUCCAAUGUUGAUAUGUCCAGAUUCGGCGCUGGAGGGCAUAAAGUAACGUACUUGCCUACCAAAAAUGGCUACUACAAGAACCAAUUAGCGUCAGCUACGAACAAUUACAAGGUAUUCCAGAAGAUUCCUGCUUCUUCUAUGAUCCUGAGUAACUACGAUCCGUUUUACUCCCCUCUGCUAUCCCGGCUGGAUGGAAUCUUCGCUAGACUAGGUUUAGCCCCCUCGGAGAACACAAUGGACACGGGCGCACAGGUCGGCGGGCAGACCCUCAGCGACGUGAAGUUAGAAUCAUGUCGGGAACAGCUGAUCUGCCUCAUGUACGCCAGCCCGGCCAAAUACGCCCCGUAUAGUAACCUCGUGUCCGCUCAGUUGAGCAGAGAACUAAACGAGCUCCGUCGCCCCGUGUCUGACAACCCAGAAAUUCUCCGCUUCUUCCGCUACAUGCGCGCGGCGCGGCGCGGGCAAGAAGGCGCAGAUUGUGCGCGCGCGCAUCCCGGCUGCUCGGCCAACACACCGCAGCACACGAUGAUCGCCGCCUAUCACGAUAUCAAUAAGCUCGUCACGGCCAGGAAACUCAAGAACUAGACGCCGAAAGUGAUUCGAGUACCAUGGAGCCUCAUCGAUCGAAUGAUUAAUUGAAAUUCGAUUAAAUGAAGUAACAAAGACUAUUACGCGACAGCGUCUAUUUAAUAGAUUUCUGAAAUCUUUUUUUAUUUAUAACUUUUUGUUACGUGGACAAAUGUUUGUAAAGUAUGAUUUAAGUUUCCAUAAGUGAUACGUUUGAACAAUUUUAAGUGACGUUAUACAACAUAAUGUUUUUCGAAAAUACUGUUUUUACCAGUAGUUAUACAGCAUCGCUUUAUUCAGUAAAAUUUCAUGGUUUAAGUCACGUAUUUUUGUCUCAAAAAAUAUACGAGUGACUAAAAUUACGUGACUUGAACCGUAAAAAUAGUUUAUUUUUAAUAUAACUCAUGGCAGUUUAAAUUCGACGAGUCAAGUUAGGUUUAAUACACUCUCGCUAAAGUGAAGCAAACACAAAGGAUGAAGUAGUUCUGAUGGUCAAAUAAGGAAACUUGAUAGGUAAAUCCCUUCUCAAAGUCCGACUACUACAGAAGCUAGAGAUAAUAAAGUGUUUGGUUCAAUGGGCAAGAUUACUAAAUCUUCGCUCUUCGCAGAAUAAUUCUGUUUUGGAAUUUACAAUUCCAAAAUACGAAGUUAGAUAAUCUAUUUUAAUCUCCAUCAAUAGGAAUAUAAAAUUAAUUAAUUUACUCUUCGCUUUGACUAUUCAUUGGUUUGUGGUUUAAAUAAAAUAUUUAAUUUUAAUUCAUAUUUUGUGAAUCAAAGUUCAAUAUUUAAAGGCAAAAGAUUUAACAGAUUUUUAUAAACGUCAAUAUUGAAUUAUUACAAAUGAGCGCACAUUAUGAAAACUGGCUGAUUGUUAUUAGAAUUUUAAUAGUUGAGAUUAGGUCUACGUAAAUUUAUGCUUACCUGUACCCCUAGUGUAAAUUUAAUCGACAUCAUAACGUGACGAACGCGUUUGCGUUAAGUGUCAUUUUGUAUAGGAUUUUGAGUUUCCAAAACGUCCCGCUUGGCGCGCUCUUUCUAAAUCACAUACAAAAUGAGACUAAACGCAAACGCGUACGUCACGUUUCGAAAUCGAAUUUAUUUACACUAGGGGUACUGAAGUACCAACUUUUAACUACUUCGCGUUUUUUUUUUGACAAAUUUACAACUACGUUUAUCAUUCAAAUGAAACGUGACAUUACUGCCAACUGCAUUGCUGCCGCAAAUGUAAAAACUGGAUCGGAUAGGUUCGUAUCCGAAUUAAUAAUUAAUUGUAUGAUGAUGGACAUUAAAAUUCUAUACCUAACAGAUGACAUUUAUAUAAUGAUUACCUGUAUGUUGGUUGAAAACCAAAUCUCAGCGUCAAAAGUCUUAUUUAAGUAGGGUCUGUGCGAAAAGAGUCAGAAUUUAUUCGUUCCCAUAUGUUCCACGAUUCUUCUCUUUCCGCAUAGAUUCUAUAGAUCAGCACCUGUUACACAUCUGACGGAAUCUGACUGAUAUAAUUUGACAAAAUAUUAUUUAGGACACUGAAAAAGUGAUACGGUUUUAGAUACGUAUUUUUAUUCCUUUAAUUUUCUAUUUAUAGUUUUAUUUAUUGAAUUCGUUGAUACGGUAUAUUUAUUUACUCUAAUUUUAUUAUAAUGGGUUGUGUGAAUGUAAUUUAUUGAAUGUUUGUGAAUAGAACAAAAUGUGUUGGGUUUUACUUUAUUUGUUUCUUCGAAAUAAGAAUUUACAUUAUUUUAUAACUUAUUGUAAGGUGGUACAAUGAAAUCUUAAUAUUUUUUUUAUAUUAUUUUCUUAACAGCAUAAUAGUUUAUUGUGUCAUGUUUUUUAUUUUUUUGUGUUGAUUUUAAUAUAUUAUAAUACUGGCGUUUUAGUAAAUUGAUAUUUUACCACUUGUAAUCUUAUUUAUGUAAAAAUGCACUUCAAAUGUUUUAUACAUCUAGAGAUAUAACAAUUUAAUAAAAGUUUAAAACAUUA